AUGCAGGGCCUCGUGUUGACUGGCUGUCCCCAGCAGGUGCUGAGGAGUCGACCGGUUUUGCGGCAAGAGAAAUGGGGACUGGAGGUGUGUUGCGGAGAGCUGGUGCGAGGGGGGGAAGGAGGGGAAGGAGGGGAGGGAGAGGAGGGAGGGGAGAGAGGGGAGAGAGGGGAGAGAGGGGAGGGAGGGGAAGGAGGGGAAGGAGGGGAAGGAGAGGAAGGAGGAGAAGGAGGGGAAGGGGGCGAGGGAGGGGACGGAGGGUCAGAUGCGGAUGGCACAGCGGCUUCAGGUGCAAAUGGAGAGGGCGACCUGAGGGAGGAGGCGUCAGUGCCUCGGAAGCGGCUGCGGUUGACGAAAGCGCAGUCGCUGCAACUGGAGGAAAAGUUUGUCCUCGUGUCGUCGCCCAACGCUGCAGAGAAGGCGGCCUUUGCAAGAGAGCUGCAGCUGCAGCCACGGCAGGUGGAGGUGUGGUUCCAGAACCGACGCGCACGGCACCGGCUGAGGCAGGCAGAGGACGACUGUGAGCAGCUGAGGCGGAGGUGCGAGCAGCUGGAGCGGGAGAACGAGCACAUGCAGCAGCUGCUCGGGCAGAGCUCUGAGCCAGCAGGCCUCAGUGCACUAGGGGCUGCUACUAGCAGCAGAGGAGGGGCACCGGUUUCAAUCCCCCGCCUUUCCAACUCAGGGAGGGAUGGCAUGAGGGAGUGCAGUGAUCAUGACACACCGCGUGCCAUGCACAUGCAUCAUCAUGCACACGUGCCCCAUGAUUUCGUGGCAAUGGGGGGAGCCACAGAGGAUAGCAGCAGACCUUCUGACAGCAUCACUCUCUGCCCCUCGUGUCUUUCACAGCCUCUGGGAAGCCAUGCAAUAGUGAACGCAAGUGAAGUCAAACCGGCAGUGGAUGCAGAUCCUGGUAGCAACCUGGUGGGAGGUAGUGCUCAGGAGGAGAAUUUGACCCCAGGUACUGGACAUGAUUUUGACUUGAACCUAUCUCUGUGA